AUGGCGCUGGUGGCUGCAGAAAAAGGCUCUUCUCUGAUGAAAACGAAAGUGUGGCGUGAGACCAGCAUCAGGGGCAGAGGAGGGGCAGACCCCUCUUCCUGGAGCCCCGUGUCCCUCAGAGCUCCGAUUGGCGAUGGGAGCCAUGUCACCUGGAGAGAGGAGGUACAGGCGCGCUGGCCCACAGGGCGUGGUCGUGGCCUCCCGGACCUACGGCUGGUGCUGCUGGGGGAGCGGGAGACCGGGAAAAGCUUGGCGGGAAACGCCAUCUUGGGAGGGGCUCAGUUCCUGGCCGGCAGGGUUACGGAGGAGUGCACCAGCUCGCAGGGGGAGGUGGCGGGCAGACGGGUCACCGUGGUGGACACGCCCGGCUGGGAGAGCAAGAGGACCCCCGAGAGGGUCCGGCACGAGAUUGGGAGGAGCGUGACACUGUGCCCGCCAGGGCCCCACGCCCUGCUGCUGGUGGUGGGCGUGGACUCGGACGUCACUGUGCAGGCCGCGGUGGAGCACAUGGGGGUGCUGGGUGAGGAGGCCUGGAGGUACGCCCUCAUCCUGUUUACGGGCGGAGACAAGCUGAGGCGUGGCGCCACCAUCCAGCAGCACGUCCACAGUUCGGCCAAAGCCCACCAGCUCGUGGAGAGGUGCGAGGGCAGGUACCACGUCAUCAGCGGCGCGGAGCCGGUGAACACGCAGGUCACAGAGCUGCUGGAGAAGGUGGAGGACCUCGUGGCGGGAAACGGCGGGCAGAAGGAGGAGAGACGGAAGAGUGAGACGGAAACGAAAGCAAAGAAGGAGAGAAGCAGGAUGAGUUUUGAGAGGAAACCCAAGGAAAGGGAAAGAAUGGAGGGGAAGCCGGAGGCGGGGAGGCAGGAACAGGAGGACAGAAGGCAGACAGAGAUGAGGAAGCUCCUAGACAAAAGAGCUUAG